AUGGACCUGAAGGAUCGUAGACACCGCUCCCUGACCAGAGGUCGCUGCUCCAAAGACUCCCAGUACAACACCUCCUCCCUGGACGCAGAUGAAUGUCGUGUGCCGACCCAGAAGUCUUACACCUCCAGCGAGACGCUCAAGGCCUUCGACCACGAGCAGAGGCUGCAUUAUGGCGGCUGUGUGACUGACCUGGUUCACCACGAGGCGGAUGAGUACUCCAGGCAAGGCGGUAACUUCACCCUGGCCGAGCUGGGAGUUUGUGAGCCAACUCCCCCUCCGCACCCCGCUGCCGUUCCCUACUGUCCCGACCUGGGCCUCCUCCAGAGGGGGUACUCCCUCAGUGCCGGCUCUGAUGCAGACUCGGACCCUGAGGGGCCGCUGUCACCAGAGCGAGCCAUUCAGCUGUGGGCCGGACGAGGAGGGGUAAAGUCCCGCCGCAGCUCAGGAGUGUCCAGCCGGGAGAACUCGGCCCUCACCCUCACCGACUCAGAGAAUGACAACAAGUCUGACGACGAGUCAGGUCGCCCCCUCCCUCCAACCUCUUCCUCCUCCCUGCUCCCUCCGUCCCUUCCGUCCUCCUCGUCCGCCACCCACCACCCCUCCCCCGGCCCGUCUCCACCGAUCAGGGAAUGCCAGGUGCCCCUGCUGGAGAAAAACUCCACCCACUCUCACCUGGAGCCCCACCCGGAUGACUCAUACUUGCUCCGGGCCCAGCCCUCCUCCACGGGGGCUGCCAACCACCACAGUCAGUCCACACUACGGCCUCCACUGCCCCCUCCGCACAACCACCACACCUUAUCCCACCAGUCUGCCAACAGCCUGAACAGAAACACCCUGAGAGGAGGACGCAACCCCAUUCACGCCCCCGCCCCGGGCACUGGAGAUGGGCCGACCACCCCUGAGUCCGUCCAGCUACAAGACAGCUGGGUGCUCAAUAGUAACGUCCCGCUGGAGACCAGGCACUUCUUGUUCAAGACGUCGUCGGGGACCACUCCUCUCUUCAGUAGCUCCUCCCCCGGUUACCCUCUGACCUCGGGAACGGUGUAUUCUCCACCGCCUCGCCUGCUACCCAGAAACACCUUCUCCCGCUCAGCCUUCAAGUUAAAGAAGCCGUCCAAGUACUGCAGCUGGAAAUGUGCCGCAGUGACAGCCAUCGCAGCUGCUGCCCUGCUGGCCAUCCUACUGUCCUACUUCAUUGCGAUCAACUUGCUGGGUUUGACAUGGCAGCUGAAGCCGUCCGACGGCCCCGUGUUAAACAACGGGCUGGGAGCUGGCUUGCCUGUCAACAGUGAUGUGGCCACGCUGCCCUCUGGAGGCAGAGGUCCGUGGGCAGGACGAAACAGCAGCAUAGACACAGGCAGCAUUGAGGUCGGGAGACGGGUGACCCAAGAAGUCCCUCCGGGAGUGUUUUGGAGGUCCCUGCUCCACCUCAGCCAACCCCAGUUCCUCAAGUUCAACAUCUCCCUGGGCAAGGACGCCCUGUUUGGCGUGUACAUUCGCAAGGGCCUGCCUCCAUCACAUGCGCAGUAUGACUAUAUGGAGCGUCUGGACGGGAAGGAGAAGUGGAGCGUGGUGGAGUCUCCGCGAGAGAGGAGGAGCAUCCAAACCGUGGUCCUCAAUGAGGCAGUGUUUGUCCAGUACCUGGACGCCGGUGCCUGGCACCUGGCCUUCUACAACGACGGCCGGGAGAGAGAGACAGUUUCCUUCAGCACAAACAUCAUGGAUUCAGUGCAAGAGUGCCCGCGCAAUUGCCAUGGCAACGGAGAGUGUAAUUCUGGUGUGUGUCACUGCUUCCCAGGAUUCCACGGCAUGGACUGCUCCAAAGCGGCGUGCCCAGUGCUGUGCAGCGGCAACGGCCAAUACGACAAGGGCUCCUGUGUGUGUUACAGUGGAUGGAAGGGUCCUGAGUGCGAUGUCCCCAUCACGCAGUGCAUCGACCCUCUUUGCAGCGGCCACGGCACCUGUACCGACGGCAACUGCGUGUGCUCCAUCGGCUACAAAGGGCAAAACUGUGCAGAGGUGGAUUGCCUGGAUCCGACAUGUUCCAACAAUGGCAUCUGUGUGAAUGGGGAGUGCCACUGUAAGCCAGGCUGGGGAGGGCUCCACUGCGAGUUGCCCAGGGCCCAGUGCCCAGACCAGUGCCACGGCCACGGGGCCUUCAUACCAGACACUGGGCUGUGCAGCUGUGACCCCAGCUGGAUGGGACCUGACUGCUCCAUGGAGGUGUGUUCAGUUGACUGUGGAACCCACGGAGUGUGUAUGGGUGGAGCGUGCCGCUGCGAGGAGGGCUGGACCGGCGCAGGCUGCGACCAGCGUGUGUGCAACCCGCUCUGCAUCAAACACGGAACCUGCAAGGACGGAAAGUGCCAGUGUCACCAGGGCUGGAACGGAGAGCACUGCACCAUCGACGGCUGUCCUAACUUGUGUAACGGGAACGGGCAGUGCACCAUGGGACAGCAGAGCUGGCACUGUGAAUGCCAGACAGGCUGGAGGGGCCCCGGCUGCAGUGUUGCCAUGGAGACCUCCUGCGCUGACAACAAGGACAACGAAGGAGAUGGACUAACAGACUGCAUGGACCCAGACUGCUGCAUCCAGAGUCCCUGUCAGAACAGUCCUCUGUGCCGUGGCUCCCGGGACCCCCUGCAGGUCAUCCAGCAGAGCCCGAUGUCCCAGCCCCAUGUCCGCUCCUUCUAUGACCGCGUCAAAAUGCUUGUGGGAAGGGACAGUACCCACAUCAUCCCCGGGGAAAACCCGUUCAACUCCAGUUUGGCAUCUCUAAUCCGGGGUCAGGUGUUGACUACAGAUGGAACACCUCUGGUGGGGGUGAACGUGUCUUUUGUCAACUACCCUCACUACGGAUACACGCUGACACGACAGGAUGGAAUGUUUGACCUGAUAGCUAACGGUGGUGCAUCACUGACUCUGCGGUUCGAGCGUGCCCCCUUCCUGAGCCAGGAGCGCACCGUGUGGCUGCCCUGGAGCCAGUUUUAUGCUAUGGACACUCUGGUGCUUAAGACAGAAGAGAACACGAUCCCUGGCUGUGACCUGAGCGGCUUCGUCAGGCCUGACCCUCUUGUGAUUGCAUCCCCUCUCUCCUCCUUCUUCAGCUCCAAGCCAGGGGAGAAACCCAUCAUACCGGAGACACAGGUGCUGCAUGAGCAGAUCGAGGUGCCUGGCACAAGCCUAAAGCUGUGCUACCUAAGCUCCAGGACACAGGGUUACCGCUCCCUGCUCAAGGUGACCAUGACUCCAGCCGUGGUGUCUAUGGGCCUGCUGAAGGUUCACCUGAUGGUAGCAGUGGAGGGCCACCUCUUCCAGAAGUGGUUCCACGCCUCACCCAACUUGGCCUACACCUACAUCUGGGAUAAGACCGAUGCUUACGGGCAGAGGGUCUACGGGCUUUCUGAAGCUGUGGUGUCAGUGGGCUAUGAGUAUGAGUCCUGUGCCAGUCUCAUCCUCUGGGAGAAGAGGACAGCUUUUCUGCAAGGCUAUGAACUGGAUCCCACUAAUCUGGGCGGCUGGUCACUCAACAAGCACCAUAUACUCAACACACGCAGUGGCAUCCUUCACAAGGGCAACGGUGAAAACAUCUUUGUGACAGAGCAGCCCCCUGUAAUAACCAGCAUCAUGGGAAAUGGCCGGAGGCGCAGUAUCUCCUGUCCCAGCUGUAACGGCCUCGCAGACGGCAACAAGCUCCUGGCACCGGUCGCCCUGGCAAUGGGUAUCGACGGCAGCCUCUAUGUCGGGGACCUCAACUUUGUACGCAGGGUGUACCCAUCUAUGAACACAACUGGCAUCCUGGAAUUAAGGAACAAAGAUUUCAGACACAGUAAUAACCCGACCCAUAAGUACUUCCUGGCUGUGGAUCCAGUAUCUGGGGCAUUGUUCAUCUCAGACACCAACUCCCGACGAAUUUAUCGCGUUCGGUCAUUAACGGGAGGCCGGCUGCUGUCAGACAAUGCAGAGGUGGUAGCUGGGACAGGGGAGCAGUGCCUGCCCUUUGAUGAACGCUGCGGCGAUGGCGGCAAAGCCACUGAAGCUACACUGAUGAGCCCCAAAGGUAUCGCAGUGGAUAAAAAUGGGCUGAUGUACUUUGUGGACGCCACCAUGAUCCGUAAGGUGGACCAGAACGGCAUCAUCUCCACUCUGCUGGGGGCCAACGAUCUGACUGCCAUACGGCCACUGAGCUGUGACACAAGCAUGGACGUCAGCCAGGUGCGCCUGGAGUGGCCCACGGACUUAGCAGUAAACCCCAUGGACAACUCUCUCUAUGUCCUGGAAAACAAUGUCAUCCUACGCAUCACUGAGAACCACCAGGUGAGCAUCAUAGCAGGUCGGCCCAUGCACUGUCAAGUGCCAGGCAUUGACUACAGCCUCAGUAAGCUGGCUAUCCACGCUGCCCUGGAGAGUGCCACAGCCAUUGCCCUGUCCCACACCGGCAUCCUCUACAUCGCUGAGACAGAUGAGAAAAAGAUCAACCGCGUUAGACAGGUGAGCACUAAUGGAGAAAUCUCUCUCCUGGCUGGUGUUGCCUCCGACUGUGAUUGCAAAAAUGACGUCAACUGCAACUGCUUCUACGGUGAUGAUGGCUACGCCCCUGACGCUGGCUUGAACUCACCCACUUCCUUGGCUGUAUCCCCCGAUGGGACGCUCUUCAUUGCAGACCUCAACAACAUACGAAUCAGAGCCGUGCGAGCCAAUCGGCCAGGCCCUGCAGUAUCGAGUGUGGGCUAUGGAGGAUCUGCACAGUAUGAGGUCGCAUCGCCAAGGGAACAGGAGCUGUAUGUCUUCAAUGGGGAGGGCCUUCAUAUCCAGACAAUUAGCCUAGUGACUGGGGAGCCACUUUACAAUUUCACCUAUGGCCCUGAUGGAGAGCUGUCCAUGCUGGUGGACAACUGCAACAAUACGGUUAAAGUGAGGAGGGAUGGCGUGGGCCAGGGAGGAGGAGCCGGCCUGCUCCGACUGGUGCUGCUGCCCGAGAAUCAAGUAGUGACUCUGGGCCUGGACCCCACAGGGGGGCUGCGUAGUGUGUCGGCACUAGGCCAGGAGGUGGCUCUGAUGGGCUAUAGUGGCAACACAGGCCUCCUGGCCACCAAAGCUGAUGAGACUGGAUGGACCAUGUUUUACCAGUACGACAGCGAGGGUCGCCUGACCAAUGUGACCUACCCCACGGGCAUGGUGACGAGUCUCCACCGCGAGAUUGAACGCUCCAUCAACAUCGACAUAGAGAGCUCCAGCAGAGAUGACGAUGUGACUGUCAUCACCAACCUGUCCUCUGUGGAAGCCUCGUACACUGUGGUGCAAGACCAGGUGAGGAACAGUUACCAGUUGUGCAACAAUGGGACCCUGAGAGUGAUGUAUGCCAAUGGAAUGGGCAUCAGCUUUCACACAGAACCCCACAUCUUGGCAGGUUCUGUUAGCCCUACAAUUGGUCGGAGGAACAUCACCCUGCCCACAGACAACGGCCUCAACUCCAUUGAGUGGCGUCUGCGCAAGGAGCAGACCAAGGGCAAGGUCACUGUUUUUGGCAGGAAGCUAAGGGCUCAUGGGCGCAACCUCCUGUCCAUCGACUUUGACCGCAAUACACGCACAGAAAAGAUUUACGAUGAUCACCGCAAGUUCACCCUGCGCAUCAUGUACGACGCUCAGGGCCGCCCAGCUAUGUGGUUGCCCAGCAGCAGUCUGGCAGUGGUCAACGUGUCCUAUUCUACCACUGGACAGCUUGUUGGGCUUCAGAGAGGGAGCAUGAGUGAGAGGACUGAAUUUGACCCCCAAGGACGCAUCCUGUCUCGUUCUUUUGUGGACGGGAAGGUGUGGAGCUACAGCUACCUUGACAAAUCCAUGGUGCUGCUCCUUCAGAGCCAAAGACAGUAUGUCUUUGAGUUUGACGCCUCAGGUCGGGUCACAGCUGUCACCAUGCCCAGUGUGGCCCGCCACACCAUGUUCACACACGUGUCAGUCGGCUACAUCCGCAACACCUACAACCCCCCAGAGAGCAAUGCCUCCAUAAUCCAUGACUUCUGUGAGGACGGCAGACCCCAGGCCACGCAUUACCUAGGCACCGGCCGCCGUGUCCUUUACAAGUACGGCAAGCUGGCAAAGCUGUCAGAGAUCGUGUACGACAGCACCGCCGUCACUUUCGGUUACGAUGAGACAGCUGGCGUGCUGAAGAUGGUCAAUCUGCAGAGCGGAGGCUUCUCAUGCACCAUUCGCUACCGUAAAAUGGGCCCGCUUAUUGACAAGCAGAUCUACCGCUUCAGUGAGGAGGGAAUGGUCAAUGCAAGGUUUGACUACACCUACCAUGACAACAGCUUCCGUAUCGCCAGCAUGAAGCCAGUCAUCAGCGAGACGCCGCUGCCUGUCGACCUUUACAGAUAUGAUGAGAUCUCCGGAAAGGUGGAGCACUUUGGAAAGUUCGGAGUCAUUUACUACGACAUUAAUCAGAUCAUCACCACAGCCGUUAUGACACUGAGCAAGCAUUUCGACACCCACGGUCGCAUCAAGGAAGUCCAGUACGAGAUAUUCCGCUCACUUAUGUACUGGAUGACGGUGCAGUAUGACAGCAUGGGACGGGUGGUGAAGAGAGAGCUCAAAAUCGGGCCCUACGCCAACACCACUCAAUACCGCUAUGACUAUGACGGAGACGGACAGCUCAGUGGCGUCAAGGUAAAUGACUGGUCCACGUGGCGCUACAGCUAUGACCUGAACGGUAACCUCCAUCUGCUGAAUCCUGGCAACAGUGCUCGGAUCUUGCCUCUCCGCUAUGAUCUCAGAGACCGCAUCACACGCCUGGGAGACGUCCAGUACCGCCUGGAUGAAGAUGGCUUCCUCAGCCAGCGUGGUUCAGAUGUCUUUGACUAUAACUCAAAAGGUCAGCUGCUGCGGGCCUACAAUCGAGGUCCUGGUGGCUGGAGCGUUGUGUAUCAUUACGAUGGGCUGGGCCGCAGGGUGUCCACAAGGAACAGCAUGGGACAGCACCUUCAGUUUUUCUAUGCUGACCUCAACCACCCAACCAGAGUCACACACAUCUUCAACCACUCCAGCUCAGACAUCUCAUCCCUCUACUAUGACCUACAGGGACAUUUGUUUGCCAUGGAAGUGAGCAGUGGGGAGGAAUACUACAUAGCGUCUGACAACACUGGCACACCAUUGGCUGUCUUUAGCAGCAAUGGACAGAUGAUCAAACAGGUGCAGUAUACAGCCUACGGAGAAGUGUACCUUGACUCUAACCCAGAGUUCCAGCUGGUGGUGGGUUUCCACGGUGGUCUCUACGACCCUUUGACUAAGCUGGUCCACUUUACCCAGCGGGACUAUGAUGUCUUGGCUGGACGCUGGACCUCACCUGACUAUAGCAUCUGGCCCAAGAUAGGGAAGGAUCCAUCUCCAUUUAAUCUGUACAUGUUCAAGAACAACAACCCCCUCAGUGACAUGUUAGAUGUCAAGAACUAUGUCACAGAUGUGAAGAGCUGGCUGGUGAUGUUUGGCUUCCAGCUCAGUAAUAUAAUCCCAGGGUUCCCUCGACACUCGCUCUACUUUGUGGAGCCACCGUACGAGCUGCAGGCCACACAGCACUGUGAGAACGGACAGCUCAUCACUGGUGUGCAGCAGGCAGCAGAGCGUCACAAUCAGGCUUUCAUGGCCUUGGAGGGUCGUCUCCUCAACAAGGAACGCCGCAGACGAAAGGACAAGCCAGGCCACUGGUUCGGUACCAGCACCCCUAUAAUAGGUCGAGGAGUAAUGCUGGCAUUGAAGGAGGGCCGAGUGGUGGCUGGAGUGUCAGCUUUGGCCAGUGAUGACAGCCGCAAAGUGGCUCUGGUGCUCAAUGGCGCCCAGUAUCUUGAAGGCACCCAUUACACCCAGGACGGGAAGGACUGUCACUAUUUUGUGAAAGUUGGCUCUGCUGACAGUGACCUGUUGGCCCUGGGGCUUACAAAUGGCCGUAAGUCACUGGAGAGCGGUAUCAAUGUCACAGUGAGUGGCAGGUCGAGGAGAGGGGUGACUGUAGAGUUUGCAGUUCCGUCAUUAGUACUGAGCGUUCGGUACGGGCUGGCUGUGGACGUGGUGGAUGAAGAGAAGGUAAGACUGUUGGAGCUGGCCAGGCAGAGAGCCUUGGCUGGGGCCUGGGCCAAGGAACAGCAGAGGGCCAGAGAUGGUAAAGGAGGCAGUCGCCUCUGGACGGAGGGGGAGAGACAGCAGCUCCUAACCACAGGUAGAGUACAGGGCUAUGAUGGAUACUACGUACUGCCUGUGGAGCAGUAUCCAGAACUGGCUGACAGCAGCAACAACAUCCAGUUCCUCAGACAGAACGAGAUGGGCAAGAGGUAA